AUGGAGAAACACUCCAUGCGUCACCUCCUGUGGACUGCAUUGUUCCUGUUGUACUGCAGCUGCGGGUGUUUGGCUGCUGUUGUGCAGCAGUUACCACAGAAAGGAGAAAGUGCUCUACAGGCGUACACCGUCUCUGAUACUCCUGAGGAAUGGCAUCCCAUCCGCAUUGCCGUGUAUACAAAAUUUGUGGAAGAUAUUGUGAAUAAAUGCAAAAAGCAGCGUUCGGAGAGUGAUUCCAAUCCCACUCACAACGUCGAAUUCUGUAGAGGUGACAAUGAGAUGACAACGGAAAAGAUGAAUACUCUUUUUAAGGAUGUCUUGCCUAAAGCCAUCAAACUACACACCGAUCGCCUUAAGGUGAAACAGGUAGAAAAAAGUCAAAAUACCAGAAGUGCAGAAGUUAAUCUUCUGCCAGAAAAGUGCAGGGCCAUUAAGGGGAAUCCCUUGGGUAAAGCUAAGAAAAUCCCUGAUGUGGAUUUUAUGAUUUACGUGGGUCUCUCAGACGAACCCAAAAAUGUUGAGAUUUGCACUCAGGAUAAUGAAAACCGACCAACGUCAGCCGUCAUCAGCUUUAUCCCAAAGGAGAUAAACGCCACAAGGCAGUAUAUUCGCUUAACUGCACACGAGAUUGCGCAUGGACUUGGGAUUCAACAUGAUCUCAUGAAAGGGCUAUUCAUGAUCAAUGAGCGCAGCGAUGAUCUGCUACGUGAUGAAAAACUAAACGGCAGAAAUAAAUUCUAUAUGAACUCCACUAAAUUUGUCGACGUGCUGAAGAAACAUUACAAUUGUGGAGAUGGUGAAGCGAAUACAGUAAAGGGUUUGUAUUUGGAAAAUGAAGGAGAAGACCACGAGAAACCUUCACACUGGGAAAGGCGAAUUGCGAAGGAUGAGUUGAUGAGUACGUACAUUGGUGAAGCUUCUGGCAUGUACUACAGUGCACUGACACUUGCAGCAUUUCAUUCCAUGCCCUUCUACAGCGCAAAUUCCUUGGUAAGGAUGUGCUACCUUAUCGUGGUACCAAGGUUAAGUACUUGA